CUCCGGGACUCCUCUCUGCUCACAGCGUCCCCGCAGCCGGACCCCAUUUCACCCUCCAGCCUUGGGGACCGGCCUCUCAGGUCCCGCCGCCCAGGUCCCAGCGCUCAGAAUGGACAUGAACUUUGAGGAUGUGGCCAUUGCGUUCUCUCGGAAGGAGUGGGAGAUCCUUGAUGAGUCUCAGAGACGUCUGUACUGUGAUGUGAUGCUGGAAGUGUUUUCACUUGUAUCAUUUGUAGGUCCUUGGCGUAAGAUGGAUGAUGUGGAGGCCUAUUCUGAGCACAGUGUAUCUGUAGGAGAGUCUCAGGUGAGGGCUUCCAAGACAGCUGCAGCCACCCAGAGGACCCAUCUGUGUAAGCCGUGCUUCUCAGUGUUAAAAGAUAUUUUGCACCUGACUGAGUUACAAGUGGUUUACUUUGAGAAGAAUGUGUUCUUAAGUGAUGCGUGUGUGAGAGACUUGUGUUCCAGUGCAGACCCUCACCAGCAACAGCAGAAUGCCAGUGGAGAGAAGCCCUGGAAAGAAGAUAUGCAGAGGUCCUCGCUUGGGACCAGUUGCUGCUUCUACUUAUCCGGGGUGCCUGCAGCUAGGACAGAGGUUGGGGAAGACUCCCCAGCCAUCUCAGAGCUUCUCCAGCAUCAGGCUACUCUUAACACCAAGGAGCCACACAGUAACAAUGAGAUUUCACAGGAAUGUUUCAGUGGAAAAAGACAUCACCAGUGGGUUGAAUGUGAAACAGCUGCCAGCCAGAAACAGAAAGUUGCUUAUGAGAAAGGUCUCUGCUCUGGAGAUAUGAUUUAUGAGUCUAAUAAAUGUGGGAAACGGUUUAGACAAAUCUUUAACCAACCUCAACAUGGAAGAGUUCACACUGGAGAAAAGCCCAGUGAAGGUACUGAUUGUGGAAAGGUCUUCAGUGAAAGCACUGCUCUCAUUAAACACAGCAGAGUUCACAUUAGAGAAAAGCCGUAUGAGUGCAGUGAUUGUGAGAAGUCCUUCAGUUACAUGUCUGACUUCACUAGACACCACAAAGUUCACACUGGAGAAAAGCCAUAUGGGUGUGGCGAAUGUGGUAAGCAUUUCAGUCAAAGGACUGACCUUAUUACCCACCAAAGAAUUCACACUGGAGAAAAGCCAUAUGCAUGUAGUGAAUGUGGGAAGCAUUUCACUGAAAGGGCUGCCCUCACUAAACACCACAGAGUUCACACUGGUGAAAAGCCGUAUGAGUGUAGUAAUUGUGGGAAAUCCUUUAGUAAAAGCUAUAGCCUCAGUCGACACAAGAGAGUUCAGACUCGUGAAUGUAGUAAGUAUAGUGAAUGUGGAAAAUCUUUUAGCUACAAACAUAAACCAGCUAGACACCCAAGAGUUCACCCUGGAGAAAAGUCAUAUGGUUGUAGCGAAUGUGGUAAGCAUUUCACUCGAAGGACUGACCUUAUUAAACACCACAGAGUUCACACUGGAGAAAAACCUUAUGAGUGUAGUGAAUGUGGGAAGUCCUUUCGUCAAAGUUCUAGCCUGAAUACACAUCACAGGAGAGUUCACACUGGAGAAAAGCCGUAAAGGUGCAGGGAAUGUUUUACUUUUCUCAUUAAGAAUAAGAACACUUAAAGGGCUCUAUGGGACCCAUUUACAUGAAUGUAAACCCCUUUAAUGAGAACAUACACUCUGCUAGAUUCCUCAUAAAUUUGAGGUAUAAGUGAGACUUGAAGGAGCUGUGUUGUACUUGCUAACAUGCCCAGACCUGCAACCCAAAUGAUGUCACUGUGAGUGUUUAUCGCUGAAGAGAUUUCACCUCUAACACCUGGCUCACCUGAGGAGUGUGCAUCGGUCACAUUCCCUGGGUGCUCAGGGGAAUGUAUUCUGUGUUCUCGCUUCUGCUUGAAGUAAUUAUGGUUCCUCCAAGCUCUUGGCAGUAUCUUCAUUCAUUUCUCUAUGACUAGAAAAUGGACCUGACCCAGGAUUCAUCCAGAGCACCAGUUCUCAGCUAAGAAGUGCUACCUCUUUCAGGGACCUAGUGGUACUCACAUUAUGCUUUGAUAAAUUUUGAGGGUUUCUUAUUCACCAACCUGCAAACUCUGAGCUCUCCUCUGCUCUGGUUUAGGAUCUUUUUUCUAAAGGUGUGUUUACAUUUGCCCUUUAAUUUUGGUUUUAUUCCCUGCCACAGAUGAUUUGCAAACACAAAUGUGAUCUGUCAGCAUGUAGAGAUGAAUAUUGUGUUUACCCCAAAGUUUAUGUGGUUUGGAAGGGACAGCAUCAUGGCAGGAAAUCAAUUUUUGUCCAAUAUUGGCUUAUUAUUUACUGCAGCCCAUGGGCUUGAAAGAAAGGCCACAUGACUUUGUGCAUUUAAGUUGCUCAACAGGCAAGAAGUCAAAGCUAGAGGAAGGAUAAUCCUGUAAUCUGUCCCAGAUAUGUCUUUUGUAAUAACUCAGCAUUCCUGUUAAUUUUAAUGUCAAUAGUUUGUUGUUGUUUUUAAAAUAUAUACUUUUAUUGAUUUCAGUGAGAAAGGGAGAGAGAGAGAGAAAUACCAAUGAUGAAUGAGAAUCAUUGAUCGGCUGCCUCCUGCACGCCCCACCCAGGGGAUGGAGCCCACAACCUGGGCAUGUGCCCUGACCGGCAAUUGAACCGUGACGUCCUGGUUCACAGGUCAAUGCUCAACCACUUAGUCACACCAGCUGGACUGAUGGCAAUAGUCUUCACUGCUUGCCAAUAUUUGCUGCCACUGAGGCAAGGCUGGUCCUCCCAAGAAAUGAAGAGAGGGAUGGUUGUGACUAUAUAGAGUUGCCAUCUUAAUUUUCUAACAACAGAGGGAUGCCUAGGAUUUAUAUGGAACCACAUUUCAAGGCUUUACUUAGGUUUAUAUAUAACUGACAACCAAGGAAAUGCACUUUUCUAAUGUGCAAUAUUUGGUGAGGUUGAACAUACAGAUAAAGCUGAGAAACCGUCACGGGUGAAAUAGGCUGCCUCCUGCAUGACCAUUCCUGGGGAUUCAGGACGGCAUGUGCCCUGCCCUGGAAUCAAACCAGUGGCUUUCAGUGAAUGUGAUCACGCCCAGUAAAAUGAGUCACAGUGGCCAUGGAGAGUUUAUAUUUGUGUUAUUAAUUAUUGUAUUAUUUUCAUUACCAACAGUUGUAAACCUACUAUUGCCUUACCCUGUAUUUACUUCCAAUCCUUUGGUCAGCUUUCUGCCUACCCAGCCCUCCAUACAGGCAUUGAUUUACCUUCCUGUACAAUAGAGUAGUUCAUAUUUUUCAUAAUUUUAUUGGCACUAUAAGGUGAAUUCUCUUUAAGAAACACUGGCUUCCUUCAUGCUACACAGAUAUUUUGAGAUUUAACACUAACGUUUAUAUAAAUAGUUAAUUUUUUAUUGCUAGGAAAUACUGUAUUCUAUGGAUAACCACUUUUACUACUGAGCUGUCUAUGGUUUCAGUUAUUUCUACAUUUCAGGUUUUCUAAAUAAAACAGCUCAGAAUAUUGUGUUCAGUUUUUCCUACAGGUGUAUGUCUUACUUAUCAUAGUGUUCCAGUGUCAGUGAAUGUGUUACAUUUCAACAUAUGGGGAACUGUGACCUAAAAUGGUCAAUCACUUUGCCCUCCCACCCACACUAAUGAAAAUUCCAUUUUUCUGCAGCCCUGCCAGCAAAGGUGAAGGUUAAUCUUUUUAAGUACUAGCCCCAUCCGUGAGUAUACUGUUAACUCGCUUUUGUUUUAAUUCCAUUUCCAUGAAAAUGUUUGAUGGUGAUUAGUUCUUCCUGUAUUUCUUUACACUUUCUUUAUCUCCUUUGUUAAAAUGUCUGCUCAGAAUUUUUUAUCUACUUCAAAAGUUAAUUUCUUAUUCUACACAAUAGGACAGUGCAGCCUCUAAGACAUACGUUUGAAUUUCACUCAGUCCUCAGAUACUCCACUGACUUCUUUGCCAUAUGGAAUUCUUGGUUUUUGAAUUCU